AUGCGGUGCCUGGUGCUGGUCCUGCUCUGCCUCCGGCUCGGGGAGGGGAUAAUGAGGAUCCCCCUGAGGAAAGGCAGGUCCGUGCGGGAGGUGAUGAGAGAGAAGGGGGUGCCGGAGGGUUUGCUGAAGGACCUCAGAGGGGACCCCGGUAGGAAAUACCAACUCGGUAACGCUGUGGCUUAUGAACCACUAACGAACUACCUGGAUUCCUUCUACUUUGGGGAGAUCAGCAUUGGGACCCCCCCGCAAAAUUUCCUGGUGCUCUUUGACACCGGCUCUGCCAACCUGUGGGUACCCUCCACCUACUGCCAGACUCCAGCCUGCGUGAAUCGCGCCAGGUUCAACCCCAGCCUGUCAUCCACCUUCUCCGGCAUCGGUGUGACCUACACCCUGAGCUACGGGUUCGGUGACCUGUUGGUGGCGUUAGGGUACGACACCGUGACAAUCCAGAACAUCGUCAUCAGGAACCAAGAGUUUGGCCUGAGCUUGGAUGAGCCCAGCAGACCCUUUUACUACUUGGACUUUGAUGGGAUUUUGGGCAUGGCUUACCCGGCCGUUGGCAUUGGUGGUUACAACACCCUGAUGCAGAACAUGCUGCAGCAGAGGCAGCUCGCCGAACCCAUCUUCAGCUUCUAUUACUCGCGCAACCCAACCUAUAGUUACGGCGGGGAGGUCAUCCUUGGAGGGGUUGACCCCCAGUUGUACUCCGGGGAGAUUUUAUGGGCUCCUGUGGUCCAGGAAUUGUACUGGAAGAUCGGGAUCGAGGAGUAAGUGCUGUACCAUGGCUUGGAGGCGGUCGUGGAGGGGGAAGCCUUUUCUGAUGCCUUUUCUGCUGCUCUCUCCAGGUUCUCCAUCGUGCUGACCGUCCCAGGACAAUUCAUGUCAGCCUUCCUGCAGGCGCUGGGCACGGAGGAGAGCGACUACGGGUUCAUCGUCGACUGCAGCAACAUCCCGAGCAUGCCCACCCUCUACUUUGCCAUCAGCGGAGCCCAGUUACCGCUGCCUCCCUCCGUCUAUGUCUUAAACAACAACGGCGUCUGCACCGUUGGGGUCGAGAGCACGUACGUGCCCUCUGCCAGCGGCCAGCCGCUCUGGAUCCUCGGCAACCUCUUCCUCCGGCAGUAUUAUUCCAUCUUUGACAUGGCCAACAACAGAGUUGGCUUUGCCCUGGCAACCUAG